AUGGACGCCCUCGAAAGCACCCUCCGUCCGCUCCUCACGCCCAUAACCCAGAACCUGCCCGCUCCACUCCCGCACCUGGCAACCCAGCUCCUAGGACCCGUGUGCUACACCUCACUCGUGGAAAACAUUUCCCUCUCCGACACGGCAUGCCUCAAACUCGCCGUGUCCAAAACCCUCGGAGUAGGCAUCAUCGGCGCCUCGUCCAUCGUCAAAAUCCCCCAGCUCCUCAAACUCCUCAACUCUCAAUCCUCGGCGGGAAUUUCCUUCCUAUCAUACGCGCUUGAAACAGCCAGCUACCUCGUGACACUGAUCUACAACAUUCGCAAUGGAUGGCCAUUCUCAACAUACGGCGAGACGGCAUUGAUUGCUGUGCAAAAUGUGGCCAUCGCGGUGCUGGUAUUGAAGUACUCGGGCAAGGGCGCAGCAGGCAUCGCAUUCGUCGCGGGAUUAGCGGCUAUGGGUUGGAGUUUGUUCAACGAAGGAUUGGUGGAUAUGAAUAAAUUGAAGCUCGCUCAGGGCGCCGCGGGCGUAUUGGGUGUUGCGAGCAAGCUACCUCAGAUCGCAACAAUCUACAGCCAGGGCAGUACGGGACAAUUGAGCGCUUUUGCUGUCUUCAACUUCCUGGCGGGCUCACUGGCGAGGAUCUUCACGACAUUGCAGGAGGUGGAUGACAAACUGAUUCUGUACGGAUACCUGGUCGGAUUCGCGCUCAAUCUUGUGCUAGCUGUACAGAUGGUCUGGUACUGGAACAGCUCAAGUGGCAAGUCCAAGAAGGCUAAGAAGGCCAAGAAGAGUGGAAACAAGGCGGUUGAGCAGAACGCGGGUGGAGCAGGAAAGGCCAAGUCUAGCGGUGUUGAAAAGGGCAAGUCGCCUUCUACCAGGAGACGGGGAUAA